CCUUGUUGUGUCGUCGGUUGUGUUGGCAACGUCUCCGUCUUGGUUUGGUGGACACGGGGGUGGGGGAGUAACUGGACAAGUUGCGGGGCAUGCAAAAGUGUUUUUUGCCGAAAAAUCAAAACGAGAGCAUAACUAAAAAUAAAAGAAAACGCGACUUGAGGGCUGACAACCGAAAACAAUUGCAAAAUACUUUGCGGAAACUAACGGCAGCGUGCGCUGCAAUGGAGGAGCGCGCAUUGAGGCGUCUAUAGGGGUGGCCAUAGUCAAAGCCACAGCCACAGCCAGUGCCAGUUGCAUGCGCCGGGAGCAUGAACAGCAGCCGCAGCUGCAACGUUUGAACCCGUGCCGCAGCCUGGCCAAGUCGGAAUAUGAGCGCAUGUGAGGCUAAGGCGAAGGAGCCAGGAGGAGCAACGGGCGCAGUAGCAACGCCGUGCAAAGAGGAGCCGGCGGCGAGUGCCACGGAAUCGCCACUGGCCAAUGGACAUGACCGUGAACUGGAGACGCUAGCAACGAAUUCGAAUGGCCCGGAGCCGUCCAAUGAUAAGGCGCACGAUGCGGAGUCGGUUUUGGCAAGCACACGGAGCGUGAUGGAUGCGGUGGCAACGCCCUCCAUAGAUGCGCUGGCCAGCUGCAAGGAUGUGCUCUUGGCGCAAAAGCUAUUCGCCAGCGGCGGCAGCGGUCCCAAGGAGCUGCUCAAGCUGAAGGAGCCGAUGCGCGUCGGCUUCUACGAUAUCGAACGGACCAUUGGCAAGGGUAAUUUUGCCGUGGUGAAGCUGGCGCGGCAUCGCAUAACCAAAAACGAGGUGGCCAUCAAGAUCAUCGAUAAAUCACAGCUGGAUCAUACAAAUCUGCAGAAGGUCUAUCGCGAGGUGGAGAUCAUGAAGAAGCUCAAGCAUCCGCACAUCAUCAAGCUCUAUCAGGUGAUGGAAACAAAGAACAUGAUUUACAUUGUCUCCGAAUAUGCCAGCCAGGGCGAGAUCUUUGAUUACAUUGCCAAGUAUGGACGCAUGUCGGAGUCGGCGGCGCGCUUUAAAUUCUGGCAAAUCAUUUCCGCCGUGGAGUAUUGCCACAAGAAGGGCAUUGUGCAUCGUGAUCUGAAGGCGGAGAAUCUGCUGCUGGACUUUGGCAUGAACAUUAAAAUUGCCGAUUUUGGUUUCUCCAAUCAUUUCAAGCCCGGCGAAUUGCUGGCCACCUGGUGCGGCUCCCCGCCCUAUGCCGCGCCCGAGGUAUUCGAGGGCAAACAAUACACUGGACCCGAAAUUGAUAUUUGGUCCCUGGGUGUGGUGCUCUAUGUGCUGGUCUGCGGUGCUCUGCCCUUUGAUGGGUCCACGCUGCAGAGCCUGCGGGAUCGUGUGCUGUCGGGCCGCUUUCGCAUACCCUUCUUCAUGAGCUCGGAGUGCGAGCAUUUGAUACGCCGGAUGCUGGUGCUUGAGCCAACGCGUCGCUAUACCAUCGAGCAGAUCAAGCGGCAUCGCUGGAUGUGCCCCGAGCUACUGGAGCAUGCGCUGAUUGCCAAAUAUAAUAUGAGUGUGGAACGGCAGGCGGUGCUGGAGCCCAGUGAGGAUAUAUUGCGGAUCAUGUCCGAGUAUGUGGGCAUUGGGCCGGAUAAGACACGCGCCAGCCUAAAGAAGAACACCUACGAUCAUGUGGCCGCCAUCUAUCUGCUGCUGCAGGAUCGCGUCUCACACAAGAAGGAGCAGGCGAAGCCAAAUGAAACUAGCGGCUCCGCCAGCCGCCUACUCUACAAGAGCAGCAAGCAGUCCUUGAUGCUGGACCAGCUGCCCACGCAGCAACUGUUGCAGCUGCAACAGCAACAGCAGCAGCAAACGAAGACAAUAUCCACCGUGAUCCUGGCCAAGGAUCCGACACACAAAAGACUUAGCCGCCAUCAGACUGUUUUGAUGAGCGAGCGACCCACUGCCGAUCCCUACUAUGCGGUCAAACAGCAGGCCCACGCCCAAGCCCAAGCCCAUGCUCAUGCUCAUGCGCACGCUCGUUACUUGAACGGGGUUGAUGGCAUGGUCCCGGUUCCGGCUCCGGUUACGGGCAUGCCCAUGCCCACUAGAUAUACACCACUGUCGGCGGGCAACAGCUGCGCCGUCUCCACGCGCAUCAGCCACCAGAGCCUGAGCUCGCCGCGCACCAUGGCCGCCGGCCAGCGACCCGUUGCCAUCUCGCUCAGCAUUGACAAUAAUAGCAGCAGCCAUCCGCUGCCCUCGCUGGCCAAUUUGCGGUGUCGCGAGCUGCUCCUGAAUGCCAGCCAGCAGCUGGAGCAGUCUGGCCAUCCGGCCGGGCAUCUGUCGUCGCCGGUGCCCAAGCAGCUGCAUCAGACCAUUAGCGAGUAUAUCAUUAAGCAAAGCACCGAGGAUUGUCGCCAGCUGCUGCAGCAGUCCACGGCCAUUGCCGAUACGAAGAAGGGGGACGAUCAGCUGCCAGCGACAAUCGAAAAUUCGUGCGCUGCCACGCCCACUGCCGAACUAAACAAGACAAUAAAGCCGAUGUCCAGCUCGAAUAGCUUCGAUUCCACCGCCAAUCUCAAUCAGAGCUUUCGCUAUAAAAUGUCCGCCGAGGCGAACCGACUAUUCCAGACCCUGCAAGAGAGUCCACUGCCCAUUGAGAAACCAAAGCGCAAGGCCCCAACCACAAAUGGCAAUAGCAAUGGCAACGCCAGCGAUGCUGGCCGCAAUUCGGAGGAGUCUGGACAGGAUUCGAAGCCAAAUGGUGACGGGCGUGAGAAAAAGACUUUUGAGAAGAAGGUGCUGGCCCAGGGCAGCUCCAGCACGGACGAGGGCUGCGACACGGAUCAGGGCAACGAGGUGGCCAAAGAGGGCUCCCAAUCGUCAACGGAUCUGACCAGCGUACAGGCGACACGAACACGCUCCUAUGCGAGCAGCAGCAGCUCCAGCGGCGUACUGGCCGGCAGCUAUUCGAAGAGCCUCAGCCAGAACCUGAGCCGCGGCUCAUCCAAGAGCAACUGCAGCGCCUAUGAGAGUCUGGACUUUGUGCUGCCCUCCGUGCCGGACAUUGCCGGCAGUUUGCCCUCCUGCAUGAGCAAUUCAAUGCUGGCCGCUGCCGCGGCAGCUGCAGCAGCAGCAGCCGCCAUUUCCCAUGAGCACGCGUCGGAGCGUUUACUGUACAGCAGCCACAACUCGUGUAUCCACAUGCCCAGCGCAGUGAAUCCGCCGCCGCCACCGCCGCCGCCGGCGCCGGCGCCACCCAACCAGUCGCCGGCGCCGCCGCCCUUCGCGGACAAGCGUUCGCCCAUACAUUUCCGUGAGGGCCGCCGCGCCAGCGACGGCCUGGUGGCCCAGGGCCUGCUCAGCUCCAGCUCGCUGCUGGGCGCCAGUCGCGUCUAUGGCAGCUAUCGCUACGAGCAGGCCAAGCGCCACGGCUGGCUAGAGAUACAGCAGCUGCAGCAGGAGGCGGCUGUGUAUGCCACGCCUGGCCAUGGCCAUGGUCAUGCUCAUCUCGGACUGGAGGAGCUCAGCCUGGCCAAUUGUCAAUUUCCACACGGUCAAUUCUAUGCAAUGCCCAUCAAGCCGCACCACACGCUGCACCACCUGCAGACCCAGAACCACCACCAUCCCCACCAUCAUCAUCACCAUCAGCAUCACCAGCAGCAGCUUGCGUAUGCGCCGCCACCUCCGCCGCCGUCCCUGCUGCUGGAGGCGGCCGGCGAGCUGUAUGGUGGCCAUGGCCAUGGCCAUGGGCAUGGUCAUGGCUGCUAUCAGCCACCGCCGCCACCGGCGGGCGUCUAUCAUCAGCAUCUGGGCGCCAUGUCGCCGAUGCAGAAGCCGCCGCUGCAGCAACAGCUGCUGCAGCAUCGCCUGUUGCAGCAGAAGCGCCAGCUGUUCCAGAAGCAAUACGCCCUCGAGGCGCAACUGGCGGGUCGUCAUCAUCAUGGGCACGUCCACUACAAUCACAGCCAUGUGCAUGCAACGCCGCCGGCUGCGGCGCCCGCAUCCGAACAGCAGCUGGCCGAGGAUCUGUACGAGCUGGCCAUGCUGGAUAGGCCGCGCAGCGGACCGCCGCGUCUCCAACACUCGCUGACCAUGCCCGGCGCGCACGUCUUCAGCCAAAUGAAUCUGAAGACCACCUACAUCAGCCAGCCGGCCAGCGAAACUGGAGCUGCAGUCGGAGCUGGAGCUGGAGUUGCAUGCAGCUCGGCGCCACCGCCGUCCACGACGCCAGCAACGCCACCAGCGACACCGCCGCAGGCGCUGCUCAAUAACCAUGUGGUGCAUGGGCAUGGACAUAAUCAUACAGCUCCUGGCCAUGUCCAUGGUCAUGGUCAUGCCGAGGCCGAGUAUCGCGCGCAGACGACGACGCCACCGGUGCUCAGCCUGUUCACGCCCAGCUGGCAGACGCUGGUCAAGCCGCUCAGCGAGAGUCCCAUACUGGAGAUAUCCGAGCAUCUGGAGUCCGUGUGAGUGUUCGGGGGCGAAACAUUUUUAAUA